CCAAACUGUCAGCCCCAGCUGGGCUGAAAUAUAGCCCUGUUCCCUCAGGGGGACUUCUCUGGCACAUUUGUCAGGAGCCUUCCAGAAGGAAGAUCUGGAAAUCUUAAAUGCUGAAUAUGGAAAGAACAUGAUUAAGCUUCUUCGCAUUAGAAGAGAUGGCAAGAAACACUGCAUUAAAGAAGUGGAGGCUUGUGUACAUCUUAGACUGGAUUCUGUCAAUGAGUACUUGCAGGGAGACAAUUCUGCUGUUAUCCCUACUGACACCAUGAAGAACGCUGUCAUUGCUUUGGCAAAAUGCAACGGGAUUGAAACUAUAGAACAAUUUGCCCUGGAUAUCUGCAACUACUUCAUUUCAUCAUAUUGCCAUGUGGUGUACGUCAAGGCCUAUAUUCAAGAGGCACCAUGGCGGCGUCUAGAACAGAAUGGAGUUCCCCAUGCCCAUUCCUUUAUCUUUGUUCCUGAAGGAAUUCGCUUUUGUGAAGUUGAACGGUGUCAGGAUGGUUGUCCACUUAUUUCUUCUGGAAUUAAAGAUCUGAAACUUAAGAAAACAACACAGGCUGGUUUUGAAGGCUUCCACAGGGACAAAUACACCACACUGCCUGAGACGACCGAUAGGGUUUUAAGUGCAGAACUAUUCUGCAAGUGGUGCUAUGGCGAGUGCCAAGAUAUUGACUUUGAUUGUGUAUGGGAUAUUGUUCACGAGAGUGUCCUUGAGGCAUUUUCUGGGCCACCUGACUGUGGGGAAUACUCACCCUCUUACCAGAAGACUGUCAGUGAUAUUCAGAUGCUUAUCCUGGCGAGAGUUUCUCAGAUAGAGGAGACUGAAGUCAUCUUGAACAACAUUCACUAUUUUGUCACAGACUUGAAGAAACUGGGAUUGGCCAAUGAAAAGGAGGUUCUGGUCCCAGUGGAGACUCCCUAUGGUUCUUGUACAUGCGUACUCCGUAGAAGGAAGUGCUUAGAAGAUCAAGCCUAAAAUACAAGAGAUGAGAAGCAAUGUCAGUGAAUUGGAUGGAUGUUUCAACAGGGGACAAACUAUAAACAUUUGGGCUCCAUUCACACAUAUAAGAUGCAUUUAUCAUGUGGCUUUCUUUUCAGAAUGUAUCCAUUCCAUUCAUUGAUCUUUCUGUAUAUUGCCUGAUUUUGGCCUCCACAAAUUACAGAGAUUGGGAUUUUGAUAGGAGCCUAAGGAAUUCAGAUUUCCAAAUCCCAUUGAAUCGCCAUAGGAUUUGUGUACAUAAUUCUCUUGGGCUCCUUUGAAAAUCCAGCAAGAAAUAUUAAGAUCAGUUAAUUAGAAAAUAACUAUUUUCAGGCAUAUGAUGAAAGUUUCAGUUAAUCAGUUAAUGUCUCUAAUGUGCUCUACUCAUUUAAAAUCCUAAAUAGGUUCUAUAAAUUAUUAUUUAUUAAUGUUUGUGCAUUAAUGCAUUGUAGUAACAAAAUUAAUUUAUAAUCAUGAGAGCAAAUCUUUAGGUGGUGUAAACUGGCAUAACUUCAGUGGAUUACACUAAUUUACACAGCUGAGGGUCUGGUUCAAUAUUGUAAAUUUAAUAAGGCAGAAUUAUUACUUGUAUUUCCAAUGUAAAUUAAAAUGGA